AUUGAAUUUUCGCAUUGUGUUUUGCAUUUUGUGCGUGUUGUAUACUUUUUAUUGAAGAUGGAUUUUAUUGAUACCGAUAUCAGACAGUGGGAUGCCAAUGAAGUAAAAGAACACUUCGGCGACAGUCUGACUCUUUUACCGUCAAACGACAACAUCAAAGAACUCCAAACUAUUCUCAGAGACAAAAAUACUAGUAGGAGUGAUUUCAAGUUUUAUGCAGACCGUUUGAUUCGUUUGGUGAUUGAAGAGAGUCUUAAUAAAUUGCCUUUCACCGAUUGUGAAGUUAUAACACCCACAGGGGCUCUCUACAAAGGCUUGAAAUAUGGUGCAGGCAAUUGUGGUGUAUCAAUUGUUCGAUCUGGAGAAGCAAUGGAACAGGGCCUCAGAGACUGUUGCCGCUCAAUCCGUAUUGGCAAGAUCUUGGUAGAGAGUGAUACAGACACUCACGAAGCACAUGUAGUUUAUGCCAAAUUCCCCGAGGAUAUCGCUCAGAGGCAGGUGCUACUCAUGUAUCCUAUUAUGUCUACAGGCAACACGGUGAAACAGGCUGUUAAUGUGUUGACUCAACAUGGUGUAAAGGAGGAGCGGAUUAUCCUUUCGAACCUCUUCUGUACCCCGGCAGCAGUGCAAGCUGUUGUGGACUACGUCCCUAAGAUGAAGAUUCUCACCUCAGAACUGCACCCUGUAGCUCCCAACCACUUUGGACAGAAAUAUUUUGGUACCGACUGAUCCGAGGAUGAAGAAGGUUAAGAUGUGAUAUUCAGUACAGUGAGAUCCAACUAAUAUAGUGCAUGGUUCCUUGUAUGCCUCAUAAAUAUGAACAAUUAGUUUUUAUAAGGUGUCAUAUAAAAGGAAAAGGUGUCCAUUUCACUCGCAAGAGGGUCGAGCCUGAUUCUGACUUUUGUGCAGGUACCAGAGCCACAUUAGUUAUAUCUUACUGUAGCUAAUUUGCUACAAUGGACUCGCACUGGCAUUGUUAGUGAUUACAUUUUCCGAGUGUAUAUUACUAAAAGUUAGAUGAAGAAGUGUAUUUAUGUAUUUUUAAGUCAUAAUGACAUCUAUUUGAAACAGACGAAUUAAUAAUAAUUGUCAUAGUAUUAUUUUUAAGUUAACAUUCACUAAGACUAAAGUUUUUUUUCUUAUCAUAUGGAAUUUACACAGUCUGAAAGGUUUGUUUAGAUAUGUAGAUAUAGCAAAGUGCACCUUAUUCAACUACACAAAGUUUUAGAUUGGGAGUAGAAUGACAAGUAUAUUAUAUUUUGAUCUUGUGAUGAGUUUCUGUGACUAUAUUAGAGUACUGUACUAAUUUAUAAUGUAUUUUUCAUGUGUUAUUAUAAUGUAAAAAUAGUAUACUUAAAUAAUAAGUGAUUUAAAUAGAAUUAAGUGAGCGUAAUACAAUAUUGAAUUCUCUGACACUAUUAAAUAUGAACUGC